AUGUCUUCUCCAAGUGGCAAGACAAACCCAAUGCUAAUGGGUGACGACGAUGAUGUUGAGAAUGAAGCGAAGUUGGCUAAACUUCCGUCUGGUUUUAAAUUUCAACCAACAGAUGAACAAUUGAUUGUUUAUUAUCUCGUACCAAAGGUUUUGGGGAAAGGUUUGCCACCUAACAGAAUGAAACAAGUACACAAUCUGUACCACUACCAUCCUGAAGAACUCACCAAACAGUACAAGAGCUAUGAAUUAAACAACUGGUUCUUCUUUACAAGAAAGUACGAAGGUGAAGAUCGUAAAGACGCUCAUUGCAGUGUAGGAGACGAGGACACAAACUUUGUAGACAAAAAGGUUCGUGCUGCAGGCCAGGGAUUUUGGUUGCUAACAGGACGUAGUUCCAUAUAUUUACACAACAAUUCGAAUUCAGUAAUCGGAUACAAACACGCUUGGGUUUAUUACGAAGUGCGGGAUUCUGAAAAACAUGAAACCGAUUAUGUAAUGCACGAAUACACGUUGGCAACUCGAUCCGGUUGGAAUCAUUUUGAGUUGGAUGAAUGGAUUUUGUGUGAAAUAUACAAGAACGAGAAGAUGGAAUUGAUAGUUGAUGAAGAGACGCAGUUUGAUAAUGUUGAAGAAGACGUGGAAACAAAUUUUAGUGACGAUGAAGAUGAAUUUGACAAUUGAGGAGGGCACCUGUGAAGCUGUGAAGGUGAAGUUUUGAUUAAGAAUGUGGAAAUAUAUGAUUAUUUACUACAUUCUCUUGUUUACCAGAAAUCGCAACGUAUUUGAUUAAUUACUGCAUUCCCCUGUAAGAUCCAUUAGUUAAGUUUU